CAAACUCACAGAGAUCUACCUGCCUCUGCCUCCCGAGUGCUGGGAUUAAAGGCAUGCGCCACCAAUACCCGGCUGGGGGAUCCUAUUUCUUAAUUGCUGAGAUUUAGUUAUUUGUUUGUGUAUCCUUUCAGGAUUCCCACCUCCCCUUCUAAUAGAUCUUUAUAUUUAUAUUCCUGAACCACAUCGACUUGUAGAUUGAGGAGCUUUAUGAAAGAGCCUUUGGGCUAAUGAAAUCCAGUAGCUGUAGCCUGAAGGACUGAUGCACGCCUUUAAUGCCAGCACUCAGGAUACACAGGCAGGCAGACCUCAGUGAGUUAUGGGCCAGACUGAUGUAAAUAUAGUGGCUUAAGGUCAGCCAAGGGGACAUAGAAAGACCCCAUCUCCAAAAGCAUAAAUGAAAAUAGUAAGAAUGAAAUAUAAAUAAAUAAAAAAUCAGCAGAUGUGAUUAGUAUUCUAAAGAGGCAGUUUGGGUGACGUUUCAUCCUUAUACAUAUUACCCUUACCAUCCUUCAGUCAUCUCCAAUCUCAGGUGUCAUGGUAUCAUGAAGCACUUGCAUUAAUAUGAUUAUGAAAUUAAGUAGCAGUUUACAGGAACUGGGGGCAUGGUGCAGAGGUUCAGAGCACUUGUUACUCUUGCAGAGGGCCUGGGUUUAGAUCCUAGCAUGGUGGUUCACCAACAUCCCUAACUACAGUGCCAGGGGAUCCCUCUUCAGAACUCCAAGGGCACCAUGCACAUGAGUGGUGCACAUACAUACAUGAAACAAAACACUCAUUUAAAGAAGCUGCAGCUUACACGGUUUUGACUGAAGCUGUUAACCAUUAUUUUACAAACUAAUUAUGAAUGAGAUAUGAUGGCAAGGCAAAACAGAAUUCCAAACUUUCCACUUUGGAAAGAUGAUGGUGAACUCUGCCAUGGGAGAAAGAAAGCACAUCAUGUCGGGAAAUGCUCAUUCCUUUAGCUGUGGUUUAAUGCAUGUGCUGCACAAGGGUUCUGUCCUCAACUGUCCACACAUCUGGGCAGAGCUUUGUCACUCCUUUUGGGAAGCGGCUGUAAACUGACACCAGCAUCUGUCAACCACCAUGUUAGAAAAGCAUCAUAGAUGCAGAAGCUUAGCUCAAACAUUAACAGAUUGAUUCUGUCCUAGACGUGACAAUAGAGUGAUGGGGUGUGUACUUGGGAGGCUGAGGUGAGAGAAGCUUGGAGGCUGGAAUUCAGAUAACCCUGGCCAGAGAGAGAAGGAAGACAAAGGAACAAAACUGCUUCAUUCCCUCUAGGGAAACAUUAAACAAACAACAGCAGCAAGAAAAUAAACCUAGAACUCAUGAAGGUUAAAUAUUUAUCUAGGAGAACCCACAUUCAGCACUGAAGGAGCUCUCAUCUUUGCAGGGCUCCUGCUCUGGAGGAGGCUAUCCAACGUGAAAUUCCCUCUCUUGAGCACAAAGGACUUCAAGCAACUCAGAUUCCAGCACAAGCCCUGUCUCCAAAACCACCAGCUGCUGAGGGCCUGGAUGCUGCAGGAGUUUGGCGAGAGCAAAUGCUUUCAUUUUUGUAGGAUGGGAAGAGGAACCAGAGGUCAGAAAGGAGGUGAGAAGUUAUUUGGAGAAAUAAUGUCUGUAAAUUCCCCAAUGUGGGUGGAAGAUGUAGAUCCACGGACAAUCACAGAGUCAUCUGGUCAAGUCGAGUGUCCAGUGAACAUUCUCCAGGGCAGGCAGCAUGCCAAGCCAGGACCUUUGAGAGACUCCAAGAAGCAAUGUCAUCAGGGAAACAGAACCAGUGCUUGCAAAAUGAGCAUCAGCCUUGAUCAGGAGACGGACUAUGCAGAACUGGUUCUCUCUGUAGGAGAAAUCACACUUGGAGAAAUGAGUAGGAAGUUAAUGAAAGAUACUCAACUAAGAAAGAGCCAGGCUCUAAUUAUCUCACAGGCUGUGUGUACUCUACUGAAUUCUGGAGGGGGCGUGGUCAAGGCUCACAUUAAGAAUUCCAAUUACACCUUCACCAGAGAUGGAAUAGGACUGGAAAGUUCUUUCUGUGACAUUCUUCCACUUCUUCCAAAAUACCUAGACUAUAUGCAGAUCAAAGACUACUUUUUAAUUUUUGUGAAACCAUGGAUCCCAGAUAUCUCUGGUCAGCGUGUCCACACCUUGAAAACCAACCUCUACACAAGAAGUGUUUCAUCAUCACAUGAGCUGAAAGGUCCUGAAGCAGUCAAGUUCCUGAAAGGAAUGAAGUAUUCUAAAGGGAGAUCAUGUUCAAGACAAAGUUUGCCUGGAUUAUGUGACUCUGAUGAAUUACAACCAGAAAGUCCUGUCAUGUUUUUUAACAUGGAAAAGUUCACCUACAAGGAGACAUUCUGUUUCACUAAAUCCAAGCAUGCUGAAGUUAAAAUGUCCCCUAAAAAAAAGAUUUUAGAGAUCCUCCCUCAAACUGUUUCUGCUUUUGCAAACACUGACGGGGGAUAUUUGUUCAUUGGUUUAGAUGGGAAAAAACAACAAAUAAUUGGUUUUGGAGCAGAUGAGAGCGAUCUUGUACAGCUAGAGAGCGAAAUAGAGGAGUGCAUCCGACAGCUGCCUGUCACUCACUUCUGUGAGGAGCAGGAGAAGAUCAAGUACACAUGCAGAUUCAUCCAAGUCCACAGACAGGGAGCUGUGUGUUCUUACGUCUGUGCGCUCAGAGUGGAGAGAUUCUGCUGUGCUGUGUUCGCUGCAGAGCCUAAUUCCUGGCACGUGGAAGGCAGCCUCGUGAAGAGGUUUACUAUGGAGGAAUGGGUCAGGCUCCAGAUGGACACCACACCAGGAUUUUCCAAGGAAAAAGAGAAACGGACCCUUCAAUUAAACAUCCCAUCACUCAGUCCCUGUAGCUGGUUUCCUCAUGAUGUUCCAGAAGCUCAGCAGCAGAGAGCUCACCUUUCAGUGGUGUUUAGAAAGGUGACAUGCUCUCCAGAAGCCCUCUGCAUGGAACAGUUCUCAGAAUUUGAGAGAUAUGAGCAGUUACUUUGGACAGAGCUGGGCUCACUUUGUCAAGGAAAGCUGGUCAUCCCUAAGAACUGGACCUUGAGUCCUGGAUUGCAGGAGAAGAAGGAAGUCAUCUUGGAUGUGCUUCAUAUUUCCCAGGACAGAUUCCUAACUCUGCACAGCUUUCUCCUAGGAGAUGGAGAGCUGAAAGACGACAGCACUGUUCUGAGGUUAAAGAAGUAUUGUAAUCAAACUGCACUAACUUUAAAGCAGGUGCUGAUAAAUUAUGGUGGUUAUACGGGGAAAAUAGGUGUUGUGAUAAAGAUAAUGUACUUGGGUCAUAAGGCAGUAUGUCUAUAUGAUUCAAGCUCGAUAAUACGUUACCCCAGAAACUAUCAUCUGACAACCAAAACAGUAAAGGACUUGGAGAAGACUCUUGUUGAUGUCUUAGGGACCGUGUUUGGACAUAAAACUAUAGUGAUCAGUUUACCUCUGAAAUUUUAAAUUUACAGAAUUAGAUACCUUAAUUUUCAAGGAAUGUCCUAGAUCAUGUUUGAGACUUCUUCACCUGGGAAAUGAACUGUGAUGCAAUUGUAUUUCAUGUUCUGUAGGCAAUAAUGUUCUCUCAUUCCAAAAAUAUAUGGAAAAUGUAUCUUUGCGUAACUUCACAGGAAUAGAAACGAAAUUCUGGGAAAGAGAUUGCCCCUUAAAGAAUGCAAUGAUAAAACUGGGCUUUAAAAAUGUGUCCCUGAUGUGGGGAUGUGACCCAUGCCUUUAGUUCAUAACUUGGAGGAAAACUGGUCAUCUCAGUCUACAUAGAGAGUUCGUGACCAGCCAGGGCUGUGAAAAGAGACCAUGCCUCAAAAUAAAUACAGAAGUAAAUAAUAAAAAAGCAUAAACUUUUCCUAAUCUGCAUAUCCAUCCUUCUGGUGGAGGAAAAGCAUGGUGCCUUGAAUCAUGGAAGACACUCUUCCAAAUGAAGUUAGUGAAGAAAAUGAUAAAAAACGCUCUAUAGGUAACAUUUUGUCACAGCAUUGCUGUUCAUCUGCCUGUGUUAUUGCUGUUACAGCUGUGCUUUGUAUGUGACAAGCCCAGGUAGGCCUUUCCACUUGUCCAAAUCACAGAGGCAAGGCCAGAGUAUCCAGAAAGUAAAUGCAGACUGCUCUCAGCAGCAUACAGUAAAUACGGGAGGUUUCCAAAAAGGUCAGUGACACAUAGAAACCAUAUAAUUGUUCAUGCUAUUUUGAAGAAAAACAAUGUAUCUGUGGCUGUAAGACUUCAAAGGGUCAACUUGCCAAGCCAGUACUCUCUCUAUGGGGCUACAGUGUAUGCUCCAGUUCCCAUUUGUAACAUUGUUCCCUUUUGGAGUCUUGCUAGUAUGGUUUUAAGUGUUCGAUAUUGCUCAUUUAUGGUUCGAUAUGUGUAUGUUUUAUAUUCGAAUUUGAGUAAUGUUUGAGCUGUAGAUUAACACCUGUAACAGCAUUGAGUUUAUAUGUGAAUAUUGGGCAUCAAUUUGAAAUGUUGCUGUUGCCUUCAUAAAGGAAACCAUGUCUGCAGUUGGACAUCUUCAUUUGUUAAACAUACAAUUUCUCAACAUUUGAACCCUAAGGGUGAUGAUAUGUGUAGUAGUACCUGUUGUAACUUUGGAUGGAGCUCAUCAAAAGGCAAAUUGACCAUCCUGAGAAUUCCUAUGACAGGGGCUUUGGACUGGGGCUCGAAUACACAAGUCAUCCUAAGCCAUGUUUUUAUCUAUUUUUUUGGCCAAUACCAUUAAUUUUUAAAAUCAACCUCAUUUCUCAUCUAUUUUUCUUAGAUGUGGAUCUUUCUGAAUACAGUUCUUUUCUCGCACCUUUCUUUGAUGACAUUUCGUUCUUCUAUAUGUGAAGUUAUACUUAACCAAAAUUUGGAUGCCAACAAAAUGCUCUGUCAGUUUUUCAUGUUUCUAAAAUAAAUGGUCAUUUCAAACCAUCA